CGUGACACGCAGUCACGUGACGGCGUACCAGGAAAAGGACCAAUAUGGCGGUGUGUGUGGCUGUUAUUGCUAAAGAGGUAAACCAGUUGUCAGUCCUGUCAUAGUCACCAUGACUCUAACAGAGUUUGUCCACUAAUGUGUUAGUUACAGGGAACUCAAUGUGAGUUUACUAUCUAGGCCAGAGUAGCUGAUCUGGUCACAUGGCUGAGAGGAGGCUGAGACACUGGCAGUGUGAAUGGCAAUAUUCAGAUAACACCAGGGGAUUUUUAGAAGGACUCUCCUAAUCAACUGCAGCUUGGUCUGAAUUCCACCAUUCAGAAUUCAGUAAACUAAUUAAUUACAAUUCCAGGUUUAGUUAAUAAUAGGGGGUAUGUGUGUACAUUUUAUGCUUAGAAAAUCUGGUUUUGUUUUCUGUGUCAUUUCAAGCAGUGCUCAUCAACCUUUUUUGGCACAACAACUCUCUUUCCAUGGCACUCCACAAGCAAAUUCAAAAUAAAUGAAUUAAACACAUCCACCAAAAAGAGUGCACUCAGAGUUCUAGUGAAAUAAAUAACUGAUGCAUUUAUUUAGCUCAUAUUCAAGUUGAAGUUUCAGUCCCCUUGGACUUUUAUCAGUUAUAUUGUGGCUGGAGUCGGCACCGAGGCAAUUACAAGACCAGACACCCACCCCCCAAAAGUAGAGAUACAGUUGAAUCUAUUAAAUUUGUCAGAUUAUAUAUACACCCCCCCUCCCCCCAACAGUGUGACAGUUGGAAAGAAUGGUUGAAUGCAACAUUGAUGUAAGACAUAUAUUAAAAACAACUAUAGUGUGUACCUACUUUUGGGCCACCGCACGAGUGUGUAUGUGUGUGUGUAUAUAUAUAUAUAUCUAUCUCAUAGCUCCUCUUCUGGGAAUAACGCUCUGAUCUAUUUUCCUGAUUUGUAAAUGCAUUCAGAAUACUGUGUGUCCCUAGUGCUAGAUCUAACCGUUUUACCUUCUUGCGUGAUGGUGACACAUCUGACACUGCUCUCAGCAACCAUGCGGCGGCACGCCUAGCAUAGCGCUGCGGCACAUGAGUUGCAGAGCAAUGAUUUAAAAGUUGAAACUAAGCACUUUCCAUUACUGUAAAGGUCAAAAUACUUUAGAGAACUCUGCGCUCACUCUGCUAUUUCAGAGUGCUUUGUAGCAUAAGCUACAUGCUGCCAUGUUAAUCCCAGGUUGCCAAUGUCAAAUGUAUUCUUAUAGUGCUUGCAGUGACUGCAUACUGGACAAACAAUAGAGAGCUAGCUUGCCCAAUCUGCAGCUUUCCAAUAGUAAAACAUAAUCAAGUUCACAUAAUAGUGAUCAGGGCUGUGUAUAAAUUGAUUGCAACCACAUUAUGGCAUUAUGGCUGUCAUCAAUUUAUUGAGCAGUUCCAAUCAUUCUAUGUAACGACUGGAACUGCUCUUUGGGGGAACACCCAGAGCAGACAAGAUCUGUUCCCGUACUACUGAAUGAGAUGCUCCAGCAGAUCCACUAAGCUACGGUGGGAACUGUUAAAAGAUGAGUGAAUUUUUUUUAUUUUUGGGGGGGCAGUAUUUAAUGCCUUAUCUUUAUAAUACAUUAAAAAAAUGGUCAAUUUUUUAUUAGUCAAUUCCUAUAAAUUUCGAGUCCAUGUAGAAGAAUAUACCUUUUCAAAUUUGAUUUCUAUUCUAUAUCUCAGUACUGAAAUUAUAAUUGGCACCCAUUUUAGGAUUACAUUGGAUUAAAGCCUAUAUGCAAGAUCUCAGUUUUGCAAACCUGUAAAAUAAAUGCAGAAUAAAUAAUAAUUAUGAUGGUUGGGAUUGAGGAAUAUACUGACACGGAGGUGUUGCUGAAAAUACAUUUUGGUUUACUCCUGAUCUGUUUGCCCUGUAAUCUAUCUUUGAUGUAUCCCAACCUAAAAUGAAUACACACACCAAUGGUAUGUACACCUAAUGUACAGACAAUCUACCCUAAAGCACCAUCAUAGUAAAUCAGUUGAGAAGCAGUAUGUAUUCACUUAUUUUAAGAUUUUCUUAUGUAAACUUUAACAUUUUUGUUUCCUGUACCCUCCUCGCUUGAUUUAGAAUUAUCCACUAUACAUACGAAGUAUUCCUACCGAAAAUGAGUUAAAAUUCCAUUACACUGUACAUACCUCCUUGGACGUGGUGGAUGAAAAAAUUUCAGCCAUGGGGAAGGCACUGGUGGACCAGAGGGAACUGUACCUGGGACUCCUUUACCCAACAGAAGACUACAAGGUGUAUCCUUAUUGAGUUUGCCUGUGUUUGUCUUGCAAUUAAAUGGUUACUCAAAGCAUCAUAACCAUUACAGCCUGCUGUAGUGGUUAUGAUGCAGAUAAGAACCCUGGCCUGGUUCCACAGUAAUGGGGCAAAUCAUUUAGUAACAGUUUGCCUUUUUACCUGGGUCACUGCCGUGCUGUGACGCUCCUUGCUUGUCGGCUGAUGGACUUCUGGGUUUUGCAGAGCUAAAGAAGCCGAUCCAGUCUAAACUAGAAUGCUACUUCUGGGAUGGCUAAUGAUACUCUAAGCCUGGGCUUGCUAUUGGUACUCUAAUUUUGGGAUGAUCUAAUGAUACUCUAGUUGUGAGCUGGUCUAAUGAUACUCUAGUUCUGGGCUGAUCUAAUGAUACUUUAGUUCUUGGCUGGCUAAUGAUACUCUAGUUGUGGGCUGGCUAAUGAUACUCUAGUUGUGGCCUUGCUAAUGAUACUCUAGUUGUGGCCUGGCUAAUGAUACCCUAGUUGUGGGCUGGCUAAUGAUACCCUAGUUGUGGGCUGGCUAAUGAUACCCUAGUUGUGGGCUGGCUAAUGAUACCCUAGUUGUGGGCUGGUCUAAUGACACUCUAGUUGUGGGCUGGUCUAAUGACACUCUAGUUGUGGGCUGGUCUAAUGACACUCUAGUUGUGGGCUGAUCUAAUGAUACUCUAGUUGUGGGCUGAUCUAAUGAUAGUCUAGUUGUGAGCUGGUCUAAUGAUACUCUAGUUCUUGGCUGGCUAAUGAUACUCUAGUUCUUGGCUGGCUAAUGAUACUCUAGUUGUGGGCUGGCUAAUGAUACUCUAGUUGUGGCCUUGCUAAUGAUACCCUAGUUGUGGCCUGGCUAAUGAUACCCUAGUUGUGGGCUGGCUAAUGAUACCCUAGUUGUGGGCUGGCUAAUGAUACCCUAGUUGUGGGCUGGCUAAUGAUACCCUAGUUGUGGGCUGGCUAAUGAUACUCUAGUUGUGGGCUGGUCUAAUGACACUCUAGUUGUGGGCUGGUCUAAUGACACUCUAGUUGUGGGCUGGUCUAAUGACACUCUAGUUGUGGGCUGGUCUAAUGAUAGUCUAGUACUGGGCUGGUCUAAUGACACUCUAGUUCUGGGCUGGUCUAAUGACACUCUAGUUCUGGGCUGGUCUAAUGACACUCUAGUUCUGGGCAGGUCUAAUGACACUAGUUCUGGGCAGGUUUAAUGACAGUCUAGUUCUGGGCUGGUCUAAUGACAGUCUAGUUCUGGGCAGGUCUAAUGACAGUCUAGUUCUGGGCUGGCUAACGAUAUUCUAGUAAUGCUGCAGGUAGUGGAGCUACACCUCAAGCAGCAGAAGGCUAAACUCUGUAUGUGCAACAUUUCACAGCGAAACACUGCACAUACAGACCCCAGAAUCCAUGACCACUUAAAACCACUGAAUUGGGUAUGGUGCUUGGAGUAAACCUUAAAGGCAAAGAACACUAACAACAAAUAAAAGCUCAAAUAGCUUGCCCUUUACUUAGUCCCUACUCAGAGUUUUGGCAGCGUUUAGCCCUCAUCUGCCAUUACAAAUGGAAUUUAUAUAGUUUGUACAACAGACUUUUUCCAGAAAUGAAAUGCCAGGCAGAUCCCGUCUGUACAAGAGAUACAGCAACAUUCAGCCCUUUCGAGGCUCCAUCCAUGUGAUGCAGUUAUUACCCCUCUAAGCACAGUGAGACCUGCUUGCGUCUGUUUAGAACUGUGUGAAUAUUUAGAUUGCCUGUUUGUAUAUCUCAUAUCCCUUUCUGUGAGACGCAUACUCCUUAACUCUCUUUCAGAUAUGGAUAUGUUACCAACUCAAAGGUCAAAUUUGUCAUGGUUGUUGAUUCCUCAAACACUGGUCUGAGAGACAAUGAGAUCCGUAGUGUAAGUAAGAAACCUUUUACUAGACUGGCUUCAUGAACCCCUGGCAGUGGGUUCAAUCUGUUAACUAUCAAAACCGUAAUGCAAUCCUAUGAGUGGUUCAUUUAACUAUGAAUUGUCAGGGAUUUAAAGGGAAUUCGAAUUCCAGACAAUUCUCACUUUAGUGAAAAAAAAAUCUUGUUUGUACAAGGUAAGAAUAAGAGGAAAAUUAGAGGGUUAUUUGAAGUGGUCAUGGUUAUUCAAGUCUUCAUGUGCAGCAUUCCACAAUGAAACGCUACACGUACUGAGACUGCCAGUGAUGUCACUCCUGCACUCCGUUAGUGCAUGGGCUGGCUUAUGUCUAUUCUGUGCAUCCAUUGGCUGAGUGCUAUCAGCUGAUUCUCUCAGCCAAUGAAUGGCUGGCGAAAACGGCACCCUACAGCAGGACCAGCACAGGGCAAGAACAAGUUAAGAGGAAAUGGACUAGGGUACGCCUCUCAUCAUAACGAUUGCAGUAAGUGGAAGUGAUUAUGGUGCUUGGAAUAACCCCUUAAAAUGUCUGUAUUAUAAAAAAAAAAUAUUGUUUUUUACCUAGCUGCAGCUGAGGAGGUGGAUGUUAUUCAGGUGUGGUGUCCUUGAAAUCCCCGUUUUUCACAUGGCUUGACAUAAUCAGGGGACAGAGCCCAGAGACUCUAGGCUACGUAACCUUUACAUUGAGCUGAAGUUAGAAUCUUGAAAAUAAAUGGUUUCUGUAAAUACAUUUUAUAUAGUGAAGAACUAUCUCUAAUGGCAGAAAUAAGCCUAUUCCUAAGUAUUUUUAGGUGUAACAACCUAAAUAAUGUUUCUGUGACGUGGCACAACUGGCCAGGUAGCAACUGUAUUUCGACAGGCUUUCAGUAACUCUUUAGGCCUUAGAUAACCUAUAUUUGGUAUAAAGUCUUCCACGUGAUUUUUUUUUCAGAUGUUCCGCAAACUCCAUAAUUCCUACACAGAUGUAAUGUGUAAUCCGUUUUACAACCCAGGAGACCCCAUCCAGUCAAGGUGAGCAUUUGAACAACUUGUCUCGUCUCCUCUCUAUAUGGCUGAGCAGCCAUGUGCGGUCAGACUCUGCUGUUAUCGGACCAACUGAUGCUCAAUCUAACUUGUCUGCUGUUGGAGAUGGAACAAUCACAGCAACAGGCAAGUUAGGUUGGUCAGAGAGCAGUAGAGUCUGACCGGUACCAGCAUUACUCAUGCUCAAAUUGUAUGGGGCAGUUAUUAAUUAAGGCCAUUCCAUAUACUUUAUAGAAUCCACUAAAUCAUUGAUUGGUACUCAUUCCCUGGUUUUAAACUCCCGUAUACUGCUCAUCUUGUGUUCUGAUAUUUCUUUGCUUCUCUAAGUUACUUUCUUCGUCUUUUUCUGUAAUCCAGGGCCUUCGAUAAUGCAGUUACGUCCAUGAUGAUGCCAGUGUGCUAAGCCUGAUCUGAGGACCCUCCAUGUUUUUAUUAUUUAUGUAUGGCUAUGAGAAACACGUUGGGGACAGAAUGGAACCUGUAAAUAAAUUGUGUGGACAAAACACAGAUUGUGGAUGUCUCUACAGUGGGACACUAAAUUAUUACUCAUCACCUAGUUCUACAUUUUGACAGCCCAGCCGGGUGUAUGAAUGGCACGUUUUUGUCGUGCUGAACUGGAUCCAAAUCCACUGCAAAAGGGUUUUGUUUUGGGGUUGUUUUUUGUUCACCACUGUGUGUGACCCAAUCCACACACACCAAGAAGAUCACUCUGUUUUUUUUUCCUUUCUUCAUCCCCAUAUUGUAUGCUAAAUAGCUAAACGACCAUGCAUGUAUAGGAGAUAUGGCUAGGAACCAUUUAGGCUCACGAUCUAAACUUGUAUUGCUGCUGUGAGCUUUACUCCAUGGCUAACAUUGUAAUAGGGAAAUGGGUAGACUGGUUUCUGCUGCCAUGGCACAGUCCACUGCAGGAUGGUGACAGCAGCUUAUUCUGGUUGUGUGCAAGGGUCUACACGCACACCUGUGGAAUAGUGACCUACUUUUCACUUGUCCUGGGCAGGUGUCGAUGAGGGACCCUCAUCGGAUGGUUACAUGGCUGGGGGGGGAUGCUAAUGGAUCUUGACCACAGGUCAGGCUUGAGGACACUAACAGGAUGUACAUUGCAAUAGGCUUGGGUGUUUCAGCUGGAGAAUAUGGCGGGGGCCAGGGUGGGUACACCCUGCUAUGCAUCCAUGAUAAGGGGACGGUUCUGAGGACCAUUAAUUGUCAAGUGUCACACACAUCUAACACGAGGGGGGGGACCCAAUGGCGGUGGCUUAACCCAUAGUGUGUCCUUUAGUGUUAGGUAAUCACAGGCACAAUGCUGCCAAAGGACAGUCAGCACUUCAGGGCAGACCCUACAUUACACAAUUGAGGUGGUGGGCAAAGACCAAAUGAGCUGUACACAAGCAGGGUACUUACAUGACAAGAUGGCCAUACCAUAUAUGCCAUUGUGCACUCUGAGAUACUGGGAACUAGGUGAAGAUGGCGGAGGUUGGGUUCCGAGGUCCCAGGUACCAACAACUUUGAUGGGGGAAGGAGUGGCUUUUUUUACGGCCCACGGCGAAUCAUACAGGCUCAGUUUGGCAAAGGGUGAGGUGGGAUGGUGAUGGGAAACUUAAUUGAACGCAGCAUUGAUAACUGGCAUUUACCUACCACAGCCCCAGAAAAUGGUUGGUGGGUGAGGUACAGGUAGUUGCUGGAUUUGCCCGAAUCUACUGCCUGACAAAGGGUGUUUGUCAUUUUUUUCUGUACAUCGUUUACAAGGGUUUUAGGUGGGAAGGUACCUAGUUUAGGAUCCAACUAAACCAUUUUUGCCUUACUCCAUUCUUUUUUUUUUUUCUCCUCCUUUCUCUCUAUCUCCCCAAGAUCCAUCUACAUUAUCUCCUUGAUCAUGGAAAGAAUUUAGUUCCAGUAGUUGAACUCUGUAUGUUAUUGGAAAAAAGUAAAGAUUGUCAAAAUAUAUAUUAUUCAUAAAAUGAGAUUUAAAGCGAUGUCUAGUUCUCAUUUUGUCCACAUCCAUACUGAUGAAUCCAUUAUUUUCCUCAUCUGCACCCCUCCCUGAUCUUGGAUUUUGUUUAGUAUCUUCAGCAGAUUCUAUCCUGUUAUUUUUUUGUUAGAGAAUAUUCAACAAGGAAUUUGCACACAAACAUCAAAAACAGAGUAUAUAAAACAUUAGCGAUGAGAAGGCAGAGCUAAACUGCAGAAGCGAACACUCACAGGUUUCUGGUGCUACAGCAUUGGCUGUUUAAUCUAGGGUUUUGAGCCCUACUACAUGCUCAAACCAGGCACUAGGGGUCCCCCUCUAGAUAGCCCAACCAUCAUGGAGCGUUAAUCAAUACAGAACAGCGAGGUACGAGGCUGACAAUUGGAGACGUAGGAGGCAGGCAGAUGGCACAGCUGGGCCCAAGAUGGCCUCUCUCUGUGGAGGCUGCUCAGACUUCUCAGAUGAACGAUCCUAUAAAGCAGUAGAGGAGAGACUACCUGUAUCGACAAAGCCAUAAUCGAACCAGACAGGUCCAGUUUACUCUCCAGUGAUGGUGUCUCAACAAUUUAAGGGGGAAGAGUCUCAGAGGACAUUCUACCACGUUUUCUGAAGUGUUUGCUGGUGGCAUUACAGCCACCGUGGCACACCAAGGCAAUAACAUUAGACGGGCUCUUAAGUUUCCACAAAACCAGCUACUGCUCCAAGAGACCUGGUGGUCCACUUACAGUCAGGACCAGUCAAGGCAGCGGUCUUGGCCACUCUAAGAAGGAACUCUCCUAACCAAUGGGUCUAUCCUGUACACUCAUUCAAUACAGAGACACUACACAUUCCAUUUAAGACCUACAGGGCACAGAUCACCGCUUUCAUCCCACAGCAGUCCACACUGGAUCAUUACACUGCAGUCAUCUCUUGAACCUAUAGACAACAGUAUUCAUGUAUGUAGGGUUUCGUAGGUCCCAAAAUGUACUUACUUUGUAUCACUUAUUUGUUGUUAGCCAGUUUAGUUAAAGGACCACUCUAGGCACCCAGACCACUUCAGCUUAAUGAAGUGGUCUGGGUGCCAGGUCCCUCUAGGAUUAACCUUCAGCCGAAGAAGAGGAGGCGGAGGAGGGCUUCCCGCCCGGCUUUGAAAACCCUUUCCACUCUCCAGAGCCGGGCGAGAGGGGGAGCCUGAGGGUGGGGGCACCCUCAGGGUACUAUAGUGGUCCUUUAAAUGUGAAGUGGCCCAAUUGCUUAAUUUCCCUACUGACCGAUUGGUAUUCAUACAAUUUAUCCCCCUGCCCCCUCCACC